CCCCAUAAUUAGAGUGUUCUAAAAUUAAACACAAAAUAAAGGUGUGUCACGUUUCCCGAAGUUUCUAGAGUCCCCACCGAAGUUCUCCAAAUCGUGGCUUGCAGACCAAGUACUGCCAUUCAAAUUCGUUUCUUCCUCUAAACCUCCUCCCUUAAUUUUGGCAUUUUGGCUCCUAUAAAUUCACCCCCUCCUUAUCCCUAAUCCUUUGUCUUCCAGAUUUUCCUUUAAAGCUCGUUUUUCCCAUUUCGUCGCCUUCUCUCUUCAUCUCAAGAUGCAAAUAUUCGUAAAAACUCUCACUGGCAAAACAAUCACCCUCGAGGUGGAAAGCUCUGAUACAAUUGACAAUGUAAAGGCAAAAAUUCAAGAUAAAGAGGGCAUUCCACCCGACCAACAGAGGCUUAUCUUUGCUGGUAAGCAACUUGAGGACGGCCGAACGCUUGCCGAUUACAAUAUCCAGAAGGAAUCUACACUCCAUUUGGUGCUUAGACUUCGCGGUGGGAUGCAAAUAUUUGUGAAGACCCUUACUGGCAAAACCAUUACCCUUGAGGUGGAAAGUUCUGAUACCAUUGACAAUGUCAAGGCUAAAAUUCAAGACAAGGAAGGUAUACCACCUGACCAACAGAGACUUAUUUUUGCUGGUAAGCAGCUCGAGGAUGGUCGAACUCUCGCUGACUACAAUAUUCAGAAGGAAUCUACUCUGCAUUUGGUUCUUCGUCUUCGUGGGGGUAUGCAAAUUUUUGUGAAAACCUUAACCGGGAAAACAAUUACCUUGGAAGUGGAGAGCUCUGAUACAAUUGAUAAUGUGAAAGCUAAGAUCCAAGAUAAGGAGGGUAUUCCACCGGACCAACAGAGGUUGAUUUUUGCUGGUAAGCAGCUUGAAGAUGGCAGGACUCUGGCAGAUUAUAACAUUCAAAAGGAAUCAACGUUGCAUUUAGUGCUCCGAUUGCGCGGUGGAAUGCAGAUUUUCGUGAAGACAUUAACAGGGAAGACAAUCACAUUGGAAGUCGAAAGUUCGGACACCAUUGACAAUGUGAAGGCGAAGAUUCAAGACAAAGAGGGGAUUCCUCCAGAUCAACAGAGACUGAUCUUUGCUGGAAAACAAUUGGAGGAUGGUCGGACAUUGGCUGAUUACAAUAUCCAGAAAGAGUCCACACUCCACCUUGUCCUCCGCCUGCGCGGUGGCUUUUAGGCGGCUCCGAUGCCCUCUGACCCUCCUGGGAUGGUUUAGUAGUAAUAAAACUGGACCCAAAACUACUUUUAUUUUAGUAUGGUAUAAAAUAUAAUAUGUUGUAAUAUGGCCUAAUGGGUCAAGGACAACUUCUAAAAUGAAUGUUAUAUAAAUAACACAGUAUUGUGUAUAAACAAAGAACGAUUUGAUAAUAAUAACAAUUAAGAAAAAGAAAUGUUUCCAAGUGUUCAUUUUC